AUGUCUGCUGGCGCAGCGUAUACUGCAAAAGGCGGCCCCCAGCGGUCGACAAAAUCCGCAGGAAAACACAAGAUCCUUCCGGACACAGUAGAGCCCAGAUCACCGACAGACGAACCUGACGUCCACCCUGAUCUGCACUGGGACGAUGAUAGCGAGGUCGACGAUGCAAGCAUGGCACGGCUUGGGCAUAUUCCCGAGGGGAGUAUGCGCAGGGAUGCCAUGCGUCUCACACGCAAGGCCCGUGCCAGGCUUCCACGCGUUACUGCGUAUUGUACCGCGGCCACGUACAAGAUGCCCGAGCUUGUACGGUGGCUCGAGGCUCGCCGGCAAACGCACCUUACGAGUGUGCAUUCAUUUGAUGAAUGCGUGUAUACGACGUACACGUUCCAGCAAGUAGACGAGGCACGCGGCGUGCAUAAUCCAUAUCGAAAUCAAGGAGAGGACGGUUAUGUGAAUACGGGCGAUUUGCUGGGCAUCGGAGAGCUGCACAGCGAGCAAGGUCUGCAAACAAUUAGCGAGGAGGGCGAAGACAAGGUACGGAGUUUACGGUAUACGCCCGAGGUAUUUUUUAUGGAGUACGGCACUGUCGUGAUCUGGGGCAUGUCGGAAUGGGAAGAGAAGCGACUCUUGCGCGAGGUGCGCAAGUUUGAAGUUGAACGUCUUGCUGUCGAGGACGUCGAGAGCGAGGAUCUGAACUGGUAUCUCGCGGACUACAGUCGGAUUUACAACGAUGUAAUCACCUUGCGCCGCGGCUCGACGUACAUGACAAAGUUGUCUUUAUCGCAUGCACUUGCGCAGUCGAGCAAAAUCAGUUUGUUUGAGAGCGUGAUUGAAGCUACUAUUGACACCACCAAGGAUAUCCCGCGCAGCAUUGCCGAUAGCGGCAAGGUCGGCAUGCCGCCCGUGGAUAUCAUGAAACACAUCGGCCACCUGUUUAUUUUGCGCAUGAACAUUCAUCUCGUGGGCUCCAUUGUGGACUCUCCCGAAAUCUUCUGGGCACAGCCGGAUCUUGAACCGCUCUACUCCGCUGCGCGGAGUUACCUGGAAAUCCCACAGCGCAUCGAUUUGCUGAAUAUGCGUGUCGAAGUGCUGCAGGAUAUGUUACAAUUGCUCAAGGAUCAGGUCACAUCGAGCCAUUCCGAGUGGCUCGAAAUAAUUGUGAUCAUCCUAAUCGUGCUGGAAAUCAUUCUCGGCGUCACCACCAUGCUGGUCGAUUUGUAUUUUGCGUAG